GCUUUUUGUCUUUCUCUCUCUCUCACACACAUAGAGUGUCACUGUUCCACAUUCGCUUUCUCAUUCCUUUGAUCUAUAAAGCAUCAAAUACUCUCUCAUUAAAACAAGUCUACUUCUUCUACUUGAAAACAAUCCUCUAAUUACUCAUUAAAUAAAAUGGACCAAGUUCAGCCAAUGUACCGUCCACCACCACCGGAGACACCGAAAGAACCCAUGGAAUUUCUGUCUCGUUCUUGGAGUGUCUCUGCUUUUGAAGUCUCUAAAGCUUUAGCUCCUUCUCAAGUUUUAACAAAGUCUCUUUUCAAUGGGAGUAGUGGUAGUGGUACUAUACCUGAAGAUAUAGCUGGCGAGUUGGAUGAAUCUGCUACUGUUUCUGGCAACCCUUUUUCUUUUGCUUCUUCUGAAACUUCUCAGCUUGUUAUGGAACGCAUUAUGUCUGUUUCCCAGGAUGUUUCACCACGGACAUCAGGGCGACUAUCUCACAGCAGUGGACCUUUAAAUGGUGGUUCUCUUACAGACAGUCCCCCUGUUUCUCCUUCUGAAAUGGAUGAUUCUAAGUACUGCCGUUUGAACAACAUACCAGUCAAUAAUCAGUACAGAAGCAGCGCUACUGCUGCAGGCACAUCCUUGACCGGUGGUGGCGGUGGCGGUGGGAAAACGGUUGGUAGGUGGUUGAAGGAUAGGAGAGAGAAGAAGAAAGAGGACGCGAGGGCACAUAAUGCGCAGCUCCAUGCUGCUGUUUCAGUUGCAGGAGUUGCUGCUGCUGUUGCUGCUAUUGCUGCUGCCACUGCAGCCUCGUCCGGUAGCAGAAAAGACGAGCAGAUGGCGAAAACUGAUAUGGCUGUGGCAUCUGCUGCAACAUUGGUGGCAGCACAGUGUGUUGAAGCUGCUGAAGCUAUGGGAGCUGAGCGCGAACAUCUUGCAUCAGUGGUUAGUUCUGCUGUCAACGUUCGAUCAGCUGGGGAUAUUAUGACUUUAACUGCAGCUGCAGCAACUGCUCUACGUGGUGCGGCUACGCUAAAGGCUAGAACAUUGAAGGAAGUAUGGAACAUAGCGGCAGUAAUUCCUGUUGAGAAAGGGAUGGCAAGUGGCAACGGUGGUGGUAGCAAUGGUAGUUCAAGUGGCGAGCUCAUCCCCGAAGAGAAUUUUCUUGGAAUAUGCAGUAGAGAAUUGCUUGCAAGAGGUGGUGAGCUCCUAAAGCGUACACGCAAAGGUGAUCUUCACUGGAAGAUAGUGUCUGUGUACAUAAAUAGGAUGGGUCAGGUAAUGCUGAAAAUGAAGAGCAGGCACGUUGCUGGGACCAUCACAAAAAAGAAAAAGAAUGUGGUGCUGGAAGUCAUGAAAGAUAUUCCGGCUUGGCCGGGGCGCCACUUGCUGCCUGGCAGUGACAACUUCCGAUAUUUCGCAUUGAAGACUAUUCUACGAGGGGUCGUGGAAUUUGAGUGCAGAGACCAGAGAGAGUAUGAUCUAUGGACUCAAGGUGUUUCAAGGCUGCUAACUAUUGCUGCAGAAAGAAAUAGUAGACAUAGAUUUUGAACUUCUUUUUUCAGUCCAAGGGGUGGUAGAAACUGCAUAAUGAUUAAGUUUGAUUAAGUAGGUGUUAUGUUUUUGCCCUUUUGGAUGGUUUCUAGACUAACCAAAUGUUAUGAUAUGAUAAUAUUGGGUGGGUUGUUCUUUGCUUUUUAUUUGUGGAAGUGUUUCUAUUGUAAAAAUCAAAUUGAAGUAUAAGUUAUCCAAAUGGGGUCCCUACUAUUUACUUUUGGGAAUUUAUUUUGGGCUUUUGUUC